UCGGCCUGGAACAGUGGUGACCAGUCGAAUUGAUCCGACGUCAGCCCCUCCUUCGUCUCUCAUCGUUAUCUCUUCGUCCCUUCCGUUAAUUUUGCGCCGAGGAUUUCUUGCUCCAUACUCCAUACUCGUGGGGAUUUGAGAGAGACGUGAUACGAACAAGUGUGUCGGAAGUGUUGUACGCGUUCUUCGCUACUCAACAACCGUCUUCGAACACCCCUGGUUUCUGUUUACCGAAGAUCGGAGAGCAACGUGGAGCACGUGGAGGCAGGAUGUACAGAUCCGUGAUAGGGCGGACACGAUCCGCGAUAAUCGGGCUCUUGCUGCUACUGGCGACCUGGCGAAACAACGAUAGCUGCGACGGCCUGCAAUAUCAGCCGGUCGAGGUUUAUGCAAACGGCGAUGACUGCGCGCUGAUCCUGAACGGGCCGGGAAGGACGAGCGUCUUCGACUACACCUACAACUUGCUGCGUGGCUCCUUCCCGACGACAGGCGGAUCGCAGACAUGCAUCACCUACGACGCCGUGAAUCGCGCCUACGUCGAAGCGAGGAAACGCAUCAAUGUGGCGCAACCCAAGAGCAAAAUGUGGAGACCGGAGGAUCUGGCCACGGUUGGGGAGCUGUUGCUGGACAUCAGCAGCAACCUCGUUCAAACGUACGGCCUGACUUUCGAAGAGAUCGAAGAGAGUCUACCCCUGAUCGACACCUCGAAGACCCUGAUUCGCGAGGUGUGCCCGGCGUUUUUGAGCAACGUGGAGUGCCGAGCAGGGAAAUAUCGUAGGAACGACGGCCUGUGCACGAAUUUGCGGAACCCAACGUGGGGCUCCACUCUGUCACCGUUCCAGAGAUUGAUGGCUCCACGAUUCUCGGACGGUUUAACAGCGCCUAGGAUAUCGCUAACCGGUCAUGAUUUACCAUUAUCACGCGUGGUGUCACGCACCAUGCAUCCUGACGACGGUUAUCACGAUCAUGCCGGCACAGUCAUGGUCAUCGCCUGGGGACAGUUUAUGGAUCACGACUAUACGCUGACUGGAACGCCUCUAGAUCCCCUGAACCGAAACGACCCGGAGGAAUGUUGCCAUAGGCCACCUCACCUGAAGAAUCCUUACUGCAACGAGAUCCUCAUACCGGAAGACGAUUAUUUCUACAGGCUGUUCAACGUGAAAUGCAUGGACUUUGUUCGCGCCUUUCCCGCUGUCCGACCUGGAUGCCGGCUAGGCUCCCGCGUGCCUUUUAACCUCCUAACGGGUGUCCUCGACGGCAACACGGUCUACGGAAUCACGGAAACCUUUGCCAGGAAGCUUCGCACCGGUUACGGCGGCCUGCUACGCAUGAACCCGGUGUUCUCCGAGUACGGCCUGAAGGAUUUACUGCCGCUCAAGCUGGACAUCCCGGACGAGGGCUGCACACGACCGAAUCGAUCCAUGUACUGCUUCGAGGCUGGUGAGAUAAGAGUGAACGAGCAGCUGGUGUUAACCUGCAUGCACACCCUGAUGGCGCGCGAGCAUAAUCGAAUCGCGAAGACGUUGCUUCAGAUUAAUCCUCACUGGGACGACGAGACCCUGUACCAGGAGACAAGGCGAAUCGUCAUUGCUCAGAUUCAACACAUCACUUACAACGAGUUUCUGCCUAUUCUGCUUGGCAAAGAUGUCAUGGAGAAGUUUGGACUUCUUCUCGAGAAGAACACAUACUGGGACGGAUACGACGAAAGCGUGAAUCCAGCAGUGAUCGAUGCCUUCGCCUCUGCAGCCUUCAGAUUUGGGCACUCGCUAUUGCCAACGGCAGUGGAAAGAUGGAGCAAGGCUCACAAAUUUAUCGCUUCGAAGAGGCUGUCAGACUUGAUCAGAAGACCGUUUGACCUGUACCGAGCUGGUGUCUUCGACGAGUACGUCAUGGGACUGAUGAACCAGGUCGCCCAAGCUAUGGACGACUCCAUUACCCAAGAAGUGACGAAUCAUUUAUUCAAGAAAGCAGGAGCCAAGUUCGGACUGGAUCUGGUCUCGUUUAACAUGCAACGAGGUCGUGAAUUUGGUAUUCCAAGUUACAUGGAGUUCAGGAAAUACUGCGGCCUACCCUGGGCAGAAACCUUCGACGACCUGUUCGGUUCCAUGCCAAACGAGACCAUCAGACGCUACAACUCGAUCUUCGAGCAUCCAGCUGACGUCGAUCUGUGGUCCGGCGGCGUGUCGGAGAGGCCACUUCCGGGUAGCAUGCUCGGGCCAACCUUCGCCUGUGUAAUCGCCACGCAAUUCAGCUAUUCCCGUCGAGGCGACAGAUUUUGGUACGAGCUGCCUAACCAGCCAUCGUCCUUCACUCUCGACCAACUGAACGAGAUCCGGAAAGUGAAGCUCGCCAGAGUGAUCUGCGACAAUACGGACCUCAUCGAUACCAUACAGAUCUAUCCCAUGGUGUUGCCCGAUCACGAAAUAAACCCACGAGUACCCUGCCGAAGUGGUAUCCUGCCGAGCAUGGACCUGAGCAAAUGGGCGGAAUUCCCGACCGCGAAUCACGCUCAAUACCGAUUGGUGGAGGAGCACUUGCUUGAUGUACCAAGACGGCCAACGAAACCGGAAAAGGUGCGGAACCAAUACAACAGACAGCAGGUUUUGCGACUCUUCUUUGAAAGCAUUAAUGGCAUUGCUUCGUAUCUGGGAUUGAGAAAGUAAUCGUGCACCAACGACUAAGUAUGGAGCAUCGAUGCACGAGGGUGAAUCGCGAUCUGACGAUAAUCUUUCGAACGACGCCAUUUUGUUCGUUCGAUCGCGAGAAAAAAGGAUAAAGAAAAAUACCUAUAAUCGAAAAUUUCGCAAUUUCCGUAAGAAUUUCUUCUAGCUUUAUAUAGUGUUCGUUAGAUCACAACGAUGCAUCAUACCCAUUGUUACCCCAUUAACAACGAUGUACGAAGAGAAAAGAAAUAAAUUGUUUCGUUCACCCUCGCACUAUCGCGCACGUUCUAGCACUCUAAGGCACUGCCCGUUUAUAUCUCAUAUUUAAUGGACAUAUCGAGAAAUUAAUGAUACUUAUUGCAUAUCUGAAAGUAUACUGCGAAACAAGCGUUCCUUCGGUAGAGACUUCAGCCGAGAAUCCACCAUUUUUAUACGCGCUGUACGAAAGAAUAAAUUCGAAUUUUCUAAGAAAAACAACAACGAAAUUUUAUUCGAAUUAUUCAGUCAGUCUACCAAACGAACAGCUCCAACGCAGCAAGUAUCGUACCAAGCACAUAGAUAGUAAGCAACACUGUUCGAAACACGCUGCCAAAGCUGCAAACGCGAUUUUCAAUUUUAACACGUUAAACGCCACGCCGGUUUUACGUGCCGUUCCGUUCACGUCACAGUUAGCCGCCAUGUGGGCCCUUCCGGGCCGUAGAGACCGGCGAGGCCCGAACGGAUAGUCUAG